AUGUCAGGCUAUUACGUCGGACCCUUCGGUCGUAUGUUACCAUCCAGAGACGGCCAAUUGUCGGAACAGUCCUCGGAGCGUCCAGCUAAUCGAUCAGAAACCGGGGAUAACCCAUACCAGCUUCCACCCCCUCGGACACCCGCGAACUUGCAAUUUGGAUCAGACCCAUUCUUACGACACCGUCAGAGCGACAAUUCCGAGUCAGGAAGAGGGCCCACAUCAGCAGAGUCUGUAUCCCAACGGCAACAGACCGAGCAACUUCCUUCCGUCAGGCAAUUGUUGACGCCAUCCAACGACCCGAGCUCUUCACCUUCCUAUCCUCGAACAUUCGCGGCACUUGGGCCCCAUAUUGACCACCGCGAGCAUUCUUAUCCCUAUCGCCAUCAUGAACCGAGCUUGCCAUCACAGAUUACCCCGGUCGGGGUACAAGACAGUACCAAAUCACGCUCAGAAUCACUCCCACGGCCCCAAAAUGGCCUUCCACCAUUAUCCCAAGUGGCUAUGCAUAGUCCAAGAGACAUAAAACAUCACACAGCAACCCGAAGUGAUCCGAUGGCAACCUCUAUUCCACACAGCCAGAUACCUGUCCACGGUACUUCCUAUCAAGAAAAGGCCCUGAGCAGUGGCCUUUCAUCGCCAGAGAGCGGCAGUCGGACAAAAGGAUCCACUACGCUUCCCCACGUGGUGGAUGAGCGAUACAUCGAUGGUGAAGGGAUCUGCUACAUCUAUGCAGAUGGGUCACACUGUCCCAAAGCCAUCGAGGGAAUCCCCGUCAACGCAAAUUGGGGUGUUACCAAGGCCGGGAAGCCGAGAAAGCGACUCGCACAAGCGUGCCUGACCUGCCGGGAGAAGAAGAUCAAAUGCCAACCGAACCUACCUAAAUGCGACCAGUGCCAGAAGUCUGGACGUGAAUGCAGGUUCGAGAGUGCCCCACGUGGAAACCGUUCAUCUAUGAGAGGUCCUCACUCUGCAGGCCCUUCUAGCAAAUACGAUGGAAAGGAAGGCUUUUCACCUAGUCUUGCGAAUUCGGACGUUUCCUCUCUAUACAAUAUGCCAAGAGCCUCGAACAGCGCAACUUCUUUGCCGGGGACCAGUGGACACUCGCCGAUUUCCGAGGGGACCAGGCUCACCCCAUCAGGAACAGAAGGCACCUACGAGACAAUGGCCGAAGCAGACAGAGCAUACCGAUCACGGAUGUACAGAAUCCCACAACCCUUCGCUGGCGAUGAUUCGAUUGCACGAGCACCGGAGCAUAUUGAAGCCAGUCGACUUCCCGAGUACACCGAGAUCCUCGGCGAACUCAGGGAUAUCAACCCAGAUGACCCGCUUGCAGGCUCCUGGAACAUCGACCCAUACGAAAGUGACCCCGAUGUUACCAUGCAUUAUAUCGAAUCUUACUUCUCAAACGUGAACGAUGGUUUGUAUCAUAUCUUCCCGCAUGCACGAUUCAUACUGUGGUUGAAAUCGAGCCAGAUGAAAUCUGCAGAGGAUAAGAUGCUACUUUACUCGAUGAUGGCUCUUGGAUCGAUUUUCUCUGACCGGCCCGGUAAGGUCGUCGCGUUGAGGAGAUACUCUCGUAUUGCGCGCUUCGCCGUUCAAAAGAGCCAGCAUACGUUGUCUUUGCAGCUUGCUCAGAGCCACCUCAUUUUAAGUCUCUGGUACUAUGCUACUGGGUCUUUGGUGGGAUGCUGGGACUCAAUCGGCGCGGCAGGACGGGCAGUCUCUGGCUUGCGAUAUAACAUGGAAUCUGGGGGUGUUGUUGUGGACCAUAGCCAGGUUUGCGAUUAUGGACUGCACCCACAGGCGUUGAUUGAGUGUCGCCGCCGAACAUUCUGGGUUGCCUUUAUUCUGGAUAGAGUAUCAAACUUCUUCUCUGCACCCUCGUCAUUCAUCUCAUCGGAAUCGGCAUUGAUCCGACUACCAUGCCGGGAAGAAAUAUAUGAGGCACAACAAUACACAACAGCACCAUAUUUCCAAUCCGUCCUCAAUCAACAUUCCGCACCGGAAGAUGACCGAUCAGCCCUGAGCCCCAUGGCAUUUUUGAUCCAAAUCCUCUCAAUCUGGGGAGACGUCUCGCUCCAUAUUCUCCGCCUAUCACACAUCCCACCAGAAGGGUAUGUACGUCUCGCCGAAGAGUUUCACAUCAACAUUGUCCGCCGAACCGAAGACUGGCUUCGUCAGAUUCCCGAACACCUGGCAUUCUCAGCCAUCAAUAUGGAGCGAGCCAGCCAGGCCAAGAAAGCGGACACUUUCAUUUCAAUCCACAUGUUUUACCACGCUACAUUGAUGAAGCUCUACCGGCACGCACGAUACCAAGGCCUCCGUUCCGAGCUUUUGACCCAGUACAUUCACCGAGCUCGCUACCACGCAGUAGAGACCCUCCGGAUCGCACUCGCGGUUACUCAAUACGCAAACGAGAUGCAUUCCGCCCAGUCUCCCCCGGAAACUCCAUCACCCAAAGUGACACUUCUGAGCCCAUUCUUAGGCUAUGCAGUCUUAUCAGCCGUUGACGUGCUUAGCGCGGCUGGUCUAGUCGCAGAACUACCUGACUGCAUCUCCUUCAUCAGAGGAGCGCUCGGCAUGAUCCAGCUUCUCGGACGCCACUGGGACAGUUCUCUAGAAGUGACGAAUAUAAUCCAGAAGCGACUGGACUCGAUGAUUGACUGUCUCCAUGACCGCAUCCGAUCGCAGGAUAAAAUGGGCUUCGCAGUGGAUGGUCCCUCUCUCGAAACGAAGAUCCACGCUUAUACCUCACCUUCUCAUCUGCCCGGCGCCCUCGAAGAGGAUCUGUUUUACGGAUCUCUACCGCGAGAAGUCCUUCUACACUCGAUGCGAACCGACGGCACUGCAUUCUCAGAGCCUAGCAUUGUCUGGUUGAGGGAUCACUGA